CCAAAAAGUCACCAAAAUGCUACGCUUUCUUAAACCCUCGCCAGCCCUCACUUUCUUCAAACCUUAUCCCUCUCUAUACAUCUCCCUCCUUAUCUCCGAAACCUCCGUUCCUUCAAAGCCAUGGCUGCCACUGCUACAGCUACAGCUACAGCUACGGCUUCCGCUUCAACCCUAAUUCUCCCAUCUGUGAACGGGAAGGCCUUUUCUUUCUGCUCUCUCGCCAAACCCACUUCCGUGUUUUUUGCUCUCCCUUCUUCUUCGCUCAAGCUUUCAUGUCUCCACUCCUUGGCUCCCCUCCCUCAGAUUGUUUCACCUUCCUCUAUUGCCGCUCGCUUUGUGAGGAGGGUUUCGAUUUCUUCCGAGUUCGACCAAGAGGAAGGCCUGCUCAGCGACAGCGAUGAAGGGACCAGUUUCUCCCCUGCCCUCAAACUGUUCGUCGGAAACCUCCCUUUCAGUUGCGAUAGCGCGCAGCUAGCUGAGAUUUUUGAGACUGCUGGAAAUGUUGAGAUGGUUGAGGUUAUAUAUGACAAGGUAACUGGAAGAAGCAGGGGGUUUGGAUUCGUCACCAUGUCCAGUGUUCAGGAGGUUGAAGCUGCUGCUCAGCAAUUCAAUGGCUAUGAACUCGACGGAAGAGCAUUGAGAGUGAAUGCUGGCCCCCCUCCACCUCGCGAGAGGGACUCACCUUUUGGCAGAGGAAGCAGAGGCGGGGAGUCCGCGUUCGCUAGAGGAGGCAGAGGUGGUGGGGGCGGUGGUUAUGGUGGUGGGAGAGAUGAUGGUGGUAACCGCCUCUACGUAGGGAACCUAUCAUGGGGUGUCGAUAACUCGGCACUUGAGAGCUUGUUCCGUGAGCAAGGAGAUGUUGUGGAAGCUAGGGUUGUUUAUGAUAGGGAAAGUGGUAGGUCAAGGGGGUUUGGCUUCGUUACAUUCAGUUCAGCCGAUGACAUGAAUUCUGCCAUGGAUUGCUUGAAUGGCGCUGAAUUGGAUGGGAGACAGAUUCGGGUUUCUGUUGCCGAGGCUAGGCCAAAGCGUUUUUGAACAUUCAACAUUAGCUGCAUAUCCAUCUUUCAGGUACUUGACCCAGAUUGUUGUACUUGGUUCUUCGGUAUAUGAAUGUUGGAUUGUGCAUAGCAGAACAAGUUGACUGGUCUUUCACUAAUCGCCAAUCGUGGGCUUGUGCUUCCUUGCUUGUUGCUGAUAAACUCAGAAUGACUGGUGCAGGGACUCAACUUCAUCAAGACAUUAUGGAGUGCCUUGCAACUGGGCUACGUUGGUGAAUUUGAAGAGCUGGAUGGCAUGUUCACUGCCCAGAGGUCUUCAAUGCUACCGCUCCAGCUGGUUUGCAAAACGUAGGGUCCUUUUCGUUUGUUUUGCGGAUACAGGAGCAACAUCCCCUAACUUUUGGCUUUGAAUCCCUUGAUUACUUCAUAUUAGAAACACGGAAUGGAGUCUUUACUAGAGUGCUCUCUCUGCUCUUAUGCAUGACCCAAUAUUUUUGUCUUCCCAUAUGUUUGUGCUUGAUUUUAAUUUUGGAAGGAAUGAAUUUUAGUCAUCGUUGAUGUAGUAUUCUUCGGUCGAUUGCAGACUCCCACCUAAUUGCCAUAUCCUGAUCCAGGUUUUGGCAAUUCGGGUAGUUGGAUAGCCAGUAUUGAGAAUGAGAACCAUUCACAAUAAGUACCAGUUUUCGAGCCUACACUAAUAACUUAGGCAUUGGUGGCUUAUAUCUCCACUUUGGUUGGAGCUAGAUGGUGCAAGUCCUCGUGAAUCAACGCUGUGAAUGCGCUGCGACUACGACUGUUCUCCACAAAAUACCCUGUGACAAUUCCCUUGCACAUAACUCGCGCAGCUGCCUAUGGUCGACAAGCAAUGAGAAUGAGGGUUUGCCAAAGCGGACGAACGUUGUUGGAAACACCUUCAAUUGGUGACGGCGAGUAAGUACAUACAUUGAAGGAUUCACAGUGAAAAAACUUGACUCGCACGAAACUACACCACAAUAAAACCUCAAUUAGAGC